CACACAGUGUUGUCGGGGCAAGUAACAGGAAAAGCUGCUUCAAGAGGCCGAGCUCUACCACUCAAGUGUGUUAAGUCUCUCAUAGACCCACUUAUGUGGAGAGAGAGAGAGGAAGAAAGAAAGAGGGAGAGUCAAAGAACCAAGAAGUGGGAGCAACGGAUAUAAUUACAAAGGGAAAUAAGUGAAGAAAAGAACAGAGAGAGGCUGAUAUUGACUAACAUGAGUUAUCUGGGUACAUGCAGCAUGAUGGAGAUAAUAAACACCACCCUGGUGCUCGCUCCCUCAUGUCAUUCAGCAUUAAAUAACCUGUUCUUUACAUUUAACAGCCUGUUGACCAGCGGUGAUAAGUAACACAUUAGGUUAUUUAUUCAAGCUUUGUUGUGAGGCACGGUAGAGAGGGAAGAAAUGUUAUAGCUUAUAGGAAUAGUUUGACAUUUUGGGAAGUAUUGCAGAGAAUUACAUAAGACGAUCUUCACAACACACUCAUGUUGUAAACAUGAAGCUAGCUUAGCUUAGCAUAACGACUGGACACAGGGGCAGGGUAAUAGGUUAACUAGCCUGGCUCUGUCCAUAGUUAACACAACAUCGAAAGCUCACUAAUUAAUAUGCUACAGUUGAUCUUUUUGGUUAUUAAUCUAUACAAAAACUGAAGUUGAGGGUUUAUGUGCACACCUUUUCUUGGCCGAGCACCAAAACGUCAUGGAGUCGUCUGCUUGACAGGCAAAACAAGAAGAAGAUUUUUGUACAGGUUAAAAAAAACAUGACAUGAUGUGUUAAUAGCUUGGGAGGUGAUGGGAGGCGGAUGUUGUUACCUUUGGACAGAGUUAGCUGCCCCCCUCCUGUUUCCAGGGUUUGUGCUGAGCUAAGCUAACCAGCUGCUGGUUCCAGUUUAUCUAUACAUAUCAAAGAGAGUCCAAAUCAUCCAAUUCUAACGAUGGAAGUAUUCCUUUGAGUAAAGAAUCUGAAUACUUCUUCCAUCGCUGCUGUUUACAUCGCAGUGUUUCAAAUGUAUAAAAAUAAAUACGAAAUGUAUUUAAUUUGAAGGAAAAUCCGGUUUGAGAGGAUCUUUGUGUGAUGCAUGUUGGGGACCAACAUUCCCCUGCCCCAUAUUGUUAAUUUACUCAUUUAUUUCUGCUUAGUCUCGAUUGCAGAUCGUCAGGAAAGGGAAAAUUAACCCACCAGCGUCCUCUGUCUAGUUAGUGUCUGAUAGAGAGGAAUGGUGUAGCAGAGGCUGCUGUUUAUCUGCUUUGUCCCCAGGAUCGGCCUCCACUCACAAUCACACACACACACACACACACACACACACACACACCCUCCGCUUCCCCCUGAUAGCCCCAGUCCCCUGUCUGUCUGCAGCAUCAGAUACCGCUCGACACAGCACUGACAUCUCUCUCAUUCACUCGAUUUUCCGCUGGCUUUCAGUGUUUUUGACAGCACAUGUAACCAGAGAGGGCACUCAUUCACCCGUAGCGUAUUUCUGCUAUACAUAACCAAGCAAAUAUACUGAUCCUGUUUAAUCCCUCCCCCUUCUCCCUGUCAUUCCGGUCCUUGACUCUUGCCUUCUUCGUUCCUGGAAAAUCCUGUGUAUCGGUCUCCCUUCUUCCCCUCUCACCUCUCUUAAUUCCUUUUCCUCUGCAUGUCCUAUGUCCCUCCUCUGUCCCUCCUCUCUUCGUCCUCUCCUAUUUCCCCUCCCAUGCAUGUCAAUGUUCUCUCUGUCCUGUCACUCUCUUACUCUUUCCCGCUCCUUCUUUCCCCAUCCCUCCCUCUUCCUAUUUCUCUUCCUCAGCAUGGACGUUCAGAAUUUUCAUGGGAAGGAAUCAAUCUGUCUAUGGAAGACACCACAUCAAUCCUGCCUCGGCUCAAGAGGAACUCAAAUGCCUAUGGCAUCGGGGCUCUGGCUAAGUCUUCUCUGUCAGGUGUGUCAGGUGUGAGCCGCACCAUGAAGGAGCGAGUGACCAAGCCCACAGCCAUGGCCCAGGGUCGCGUUGCUCACAUGAUCGAAUGGCAAAACUGGAGCAUGACCACGGUGGGUGCAGGCGGCGUGCCCCUGCCCCGCAUCACUACCCAGGAGCGGGAGAAGGAGCGGCGGCUGGAAAACGACGCCUACAGUGACCUUAGUGAAGGAGAGAAGGAGGCUCGCUUCACUGCAGGUAUCCUGAAGCAGUUUGCGAUCUCGGAGGCGACACUCCAGGCCUGGUCAUCGAUGGAUGGAGAGAGCCCGCGGUCGAGCUCAAACCAGGGGAGUAUGGCUCAUCUGAGUGAGCUCAACCAGGAGAGCAUCACCAGUCGAGAUCAGAUAUUGCACCACUCCUCAGCAGAGGUGUGGCCUCACACUUACGUCUCCCAGGGCCACUACUGCCUCUCCUCCUCCGAUGCCUGGGAGCCGAUCAACAAAGAUCCGUCCGUCGUGACGUCCCCCCCUGCUGGCUCCUAUGUUAUGGGGACUGAUGGGUACGACGGGCAGGCGGCGGCUCGCUUCCUGUCGCAGCAACAGCAGCAGCAGUUCACUCUCCAGCAGCAGAAUCAACUCCAACAGCUGCAGCAGAUCCAACAGAUACAGCACUACCAGCAACAGCAGCUCCUGCAGUAUCAGCAACAACAGUCGCUGGAGCACCGGCUGCACAGUAACAACCACUCUUUGCAAGCGACGCCCAACAGCACCAUCCACAGCCUGGUCCAUUCCGUUCACCCACCAUUGGUCGAUCUGUGGAACACGGGGCAGAUGGAGGCCUAUCAGACGGACGGCGGAGGCUACAUUGGUGUGGCGGCGGUGGUGGAGCCGAGCCUCUGUGUUCCCUCUGCAGAAGAUAUGGGAACAGAGCACUCUCCGCUACUGGAGCAGCAGGAGGAGGAGGAGGAGAUAAAGGAGGAUGAGAUGACACUGUGCAUGGAGCCAGCGUUGGCCUCGUUGACUCCUCCCAGGCAACAAGGUGAUGCCUCUGGUGGCAGUAGUCCGGGGCAACCCCCAGCAGAGCCAAUCACUGAGCGGAAGUCCUCCGAUGUCUCCUCCAGCCUCCUUCAGACGCGAGAUGAUGAGGAUGAGGCGGAGGGGCAAGGUCCUGCCGCUUCCAUGGCAACCAACUGAGUACCUGGAUGUCAAUAGACUACAAACUGACCGGAGAGUCAGCGAGGAAUGAGCGUAAUAAUACAAUAUAUAUAUAUAUAUAUUAAUCUGUUACUUUUCAGGUAUCAAAAACACAACUUUUUGGUUGCGAGAUGAAUUGGUGAGAAUUAGGUUUGGAGAUGGACUCAAAAUGAGACAAGAGCUGAUGCAACAAAGGACACCUAUUUCUUUGUAGGCCUUACAUCCCAAAGGAAGGAGUGAGGACAGACAAAUGGAAGAGGAGCAGGAGGAGCAGGAGGAGCAGGAGGAAGGGGUGCACUUACUGACCGAGACAUUUACACCAAGAAAACCCAACCACGUUGAGAUGAAGAGGAGGGGAAAGGAAACAUGCAUGCUUUUUUUGAGGACAAGCAACAUGACCCUGUCAUCGCUUACACUAAUAAUGAAAAUCUAUCAUAAUAAAACAUUAUAAUAAGAAUAAUUUUGUAAUAACGCAAAAAAAAAAGAACAAAUCUAUGUAUAAGUGUAUGAUACGAUAUAACAGUUUUCCUACGGGAGAACAACUCUGUUUACAGCUGUUACUCGACAUAUUAGAUCAAAAAUAAUUUCCCCGUUGCAUCGGACACAUACAGGAUACUUUCAAAAUGGCAACCCAAACAAUUUCACAUGUAAUUCAAAGUAGAACAUGUCAGCAUUUCAGUGAAAUGCAGAUGAGCCCUCUCAAACAAAUACAUUAUAAUGUUUGUGGCACCAAGAGGCCCGAGGCACAACCCAGGGACAGGCCUGUCCUGCUGACUGCACACACUAAACUGCACAGAUAAGGAUUGUACUGUAAGAUAGUGUGCUUCCUACUGUCUCUCUGUAUGCAUGUUUCUUCAGAGCACUAUGGAGUACCUGUACUAUACAGCACUGUAUAGACUUUGCACUGAACCAUAGUUUCCCAGGUGGGAACGCAGUGGGCCUGUGGUGAGUUUCAUGACGGAGAAAUAAAGACAAAGCUGCAUAAGCGAAUCUCUUUUGCACUGAUGCAAUCCAACAGAUCAGAGGUUGCCUUUGGACUGUCGACGUUACCCAGUUCCCACUCUGACAACCAAAACCGAGCCACUUGACAACACAAACCCUCAGCUGCUUUUUUUUUCUUCCCAUAGACGUACGUAGUCGAGGAUGAUAACCACUAUUUGAAUGUACUGGAAGACACGUAGCAGUACAUGAGCGUUUGUUUUUGAUGUCUCCUCGCGGUCCACAUGAGAGAGAGUCUUUCUUUAAAGAAACAAAGUCUACAAGUCUUUCAAAUGUGUGGGAGGAUGCUGUUGAAAAUGGAUUCACUGCUCGCUCCACCACCCCACCCCACCCCACACACACACACACACACACACACACACACACACUCUUUCUCUCUCUCUCUUACACACACACACACACACACACAAAUAUCUAAAUUGUAACCAGCAAUAGACAGACAAAACACUGGCUUCCCAACAGACCAGUGUCAGCUUUGUCGUAUAGAUGUAAAUAGUCUGAGUAUAUAAAAGUCGCCUCUCAAUCACAGUCACAGCUGUUCAAGUACAGUAUGAUUUCUUUAUUUUUUUACACCUCUCAGUCCCUUUUUAUUUUGGGAUCGCUCUCAAAGCUUACGAUUUAGGCCUGACUUUAGUUUUUCUUACCGCUACACAAAGACAAAUGAAACGGAGGAAUGCGUGUGUUGUAAAUAGAGGGAGAGUGUUUUAUCCGGCGAGUCCACGGGAGGAAAUGACAUCCUGUGUGCUGCUCAAUCAGCAGAUCAGGGAAUAGAACAGAAGACUAGGAUUGAAGACCUGAGCCGAGUAGAUUAGUGUCUUCUUGCUCAUUGUGAUUACUGUGAAGCAGCUGCUACAGUGUGAUAGUGAUUCUAAUGAUGUCUGAGGAAGCACGUUGUCAUUUAAAACAGACAGUGAAGACUUUCUGAGCACGACUCACUUUACAAACAACACAAAACCAGAUUUAAUCUUUUUUUUUCUCAGUUGGGAAGCACCCGCUCCUCUCACUUUGAUUACUGUGAGAGAAACCUUUAAGACAACAACAACAACAACAACAACAAGUGGUUUAUUGCUUCUUUAUGUGCUGUUGGGGACAAUGUUUAUUUUUCUACUGACUUGUUGAAAUCCUUUCCAGUAUAAGUUAGAAUAGUUGUCAUGGUUGUAAAGCCGUCUUGUUUCGCUCUGGUUUUGAGCACUUUUCAACAAGAAAAACAUACCUUGUUAAGAGAUUCGAGAUGGAUAAUUUGGCAGCUCUCAAUUAUUAACAAAUCUAUCUUCAUUUUAUUUCAAGAAUCCCUGUUUAGUGUCUCAUGAAAACUAGAGGGCUCAAAACUGGAAACAGAAUGUCUUUACACAGUGGCAUGUAUUCAUUUAUUUAUUGAACAAUUACUUGGUGGGGAAAAAUAGUAUGACAGCUUGUACAGAGUCUUUAAUUUCAUGUAGGUACCGAUCCUUCUGGGAGCAGUAUCUUUACGAGUCAUUUUAAAGGCGAGCGGUGGACGGACUAUUGCUUUAUAUUUGUUGAUGGUGACAAUUGCAACUCGGGUUUGAUUAUUAUUAUACGUUUGUAAGGAAACAUGCAUGGCUUUGAUGAAAAGACACUGCUUCAAUUUGGGUUGUUUUAUUGCUAUUUUCCCCCUUUUGUUUUGUUUAACAAAAUCUCAAUGAAUGAAUAAACUAAAAACAAGAAGCCAAAUAUAUUUCUGUGGAUGUUAAGGUUUUCUGAUCACAUCUUUGUUCUUUUUGUAUAAUUCUACUGCCAUCUUCCAAGAGUUACAGUAACUUCUCUGCAGACACGACGGUCAAAAUCUGCUUCUUGUCCUCUGCCUUUCUCCUUCUCUCUCUUUCUAUCUCUUUGUAUCUGUUCUGUAUAUUUGUGUCCGUCUGUAUGUCUGUCUGUCAGUGUACAGUAAGCUGUCUUGUUGGAAGAAUCACUGCCUGAAAAAAAAGAGAAAAAUAACAACUUUUCACAUCAACCAAAGGGGAUUUGAGGAAAUCAGACAUGUAACAUAGAUAUACAUUGGAAAUGUGUGCAAAAAAAAGUAACCGCUGUAAAAAAAAAUCCUGCAAAAAAUUGGAUGGCUUCUGUAAAAGUCUGUAUAAAACUGGAUUUAUUUGUUUGAAAGGAGGCAGGGUGACUUGUGAUACCAGUGUACACUCACACCUAUGCAUGCUUGUUGGACGGUUGUCACAGGAUGCUUCUUCCACGUGGGUUCCCCCUCUCUCUCCUCUUUUGUCAACAACUCUCUGUUUCUCUUCCAUUCUCCUGCACGACAGAACCUCCUACAACCCCCUUCAGCUUCUUUACCCGUCUUCUCUUCUUUUCCUCUGGUGGAGAAAGAGCAAAUAAACAAACCAAC